AUUCCUGGCCGCACCAGACGGAAGAUCUCUAGAUCCGCCGUUCGCGAUGGCAUCGGAGCGUCCUUCGCAGCGUGCCGAAGACGCCGCCCGCCUCAUUGAGGUGAAGGCCAAGCUGCAGGCCGCACAAUGCGCCGACACAGGUACCAUCCGACCGUGAGCAUCCCUGCCGCAUAAUUCUCCGGUGUCCAUCCCGCCGAAUGGAUGGUUCUCUUCCUCUGACCCUCCCAAUGGCAUGUGUGGUGCAGGCGAGUCGCCGGUAGAUGACGACCGUGAGGAUACUGAGUUGCUGCACAUCAAGCGGCAGAACCAGCUCAAGAAACGCCUCCGUGAGCAGUCGGGUUGGAAGCCAGAGCGGGGCAUCGACUGGAGCCGUGUGGAGGCCGAAUCCAUCUCGACCAUGACGACGGCCCCCCACAGCACCACCACAUCCGUCCAGGGCACGGCGGGCGGCAUCGGAGGCAAGAAAGAAGGCAAGGAGGGCGGGGAGGCGGCGAAGCAGGCCGACACCGCCAAGAAAUGAAUGAUCGAGGAAUCACACACACCACAAGGGCAUAGGUGCGGGAGUCAGGGAGGGGUCGGAGGUGGCAGGUAGCGAGCAGGAGAGCAGGGGAGAGGAGUACGCUUGUGUGUGCAUGUGGUGGGUUGUGGUGUUUUAUCAACAGGGGACGGACGGACGGGAUGGGAGGAUGGGAGUCAUAUCUGCAGUGGCGUGCGGCUGCCUUCCGUGUUGUGUGAAACGUGUUGUAGGUGUGCAAUGCAAAGGGGUGGGUGCAGACACAUUCUCGGACGUUGACGCAAAGGGGUGACGAGCGAUAGCGCAUGGUUCACUCAACAAAUGCCAUCCAUCCAUGCAACACACAGGGAACGUACACGCACGGCAUGUCAGACAGGCAAGCACGCAAAGUCAAAUCAACCAACCAACCCUUCAUUGUCCUUCCUGCCUGCCUGCCUGCCUGCCUGCCUGUCGGUGUGUGUGCCGUGUGCCAGCCAGCCGGGGUGUGGUAUCUGUCUGGACAUAGCUAUGUGGAUGGUGACAACAUGUGCAGUGCAGCCAG